AUGGAAUUAAGUAGGAAUAAUUUAAGUUUGGUAUUCAUAUUGUUUUCUCUGCUAUUUCAUGGUGUUAUUUGCGCAUAUAAUUAUCACGAAGCCUUAAGCAAAUCAUUACUGUACUUUGAAGCUCAAAGGUCAGGCAAAUUGCCUGCUCAACAGCGAGUUACAUGGCGGGCCAACUCGGGUUUAAAGGACGGCCUCAAAGCUGGUGUAAAUCUAGUAGGAGGAUAUUACGACGCAGGAGACAACGUUAAAUUCGGAUUUCCAAUGGCUUUUACAGUAACCCUACUUGCAUGGGGAGUAGUUGAAUAUAGCUCAUACCUUAAGGCCCAUAAUGAGUUCAAUAAUGCAUUAAAUGCUAUCAAAUGGGGUACUGACUAUUUCAUUAAGGCCCACCCUCAGCCCAAUCUACUUUACGCUGGUGUCGGAGAUGGUGACUCCGAUCACCAGUGUUGGGAGCGGCCUGAGGAUAUGACCACCCCCAGGACGGUCUAUAAGAUUGACGAACAAAAUCCGGGAUCCGACUUGGCUGCCGAAACAUCGGCCGCUCUUGCCGCUGCUUCCAUUGCAUUCAAGCAUGUUAAUGCUAAUUAUUCAUCAUUGCUCCUUACUCAUUCAAAACAGCUCUUUGAUUUCGCAAAUAAUCACCAAGGAAAAUAUUCAGACAGUGUUCCAUCAACUUUAAAAUUCUAUUCCAGCAGUGGAUUUCAGGAUGAGUUAUUAUGGGCAGCUGCAUGGCUACAAAGAGCAACUGGGGACAGAGUUUAUGGCGACUUUUUGGGUAAAUCGACUACAAGUACUGGUGGAGCUCCAUCCAUGUUUUCUUGGGAUGACAAGUUUGUUGGUGCGCAAAUUCUUAUUGCCAAGCAAAUGUUAGAGGGAAAAGUGCCAAAAACAGGGAAUUGGGGGCAGUACAAGGAUGAAGCAGAGAAAUUUCUUUGCAAUUGUAUUGGGAAGGGAAACAAUAAUUUUUAUAAGACAAAUGGUGGAUUAUUAUGGUUUAAUGACUGGGAUAAUCUUCAAUAUACAGUUUCUGCUUCCUUUGUCCUUACAGUUUAUGCUGAUUACCUUUCUGCCUCUAAACGACUUCUCAAAUGCCCUUCUUCUUCAGUCACUCCUUCUGACCUCAUUGCUUUUGCUAAAUCACAGGUGAACUACAUCCUUGGAUCCAACCCAAAGAAAAUAAGCUAUAUGGUCGGGUACGGGUCAAGUUACCCACAACAAGUACAUCAUAGAGGAGCCUCAAUAGUGUCUAUUAAAACGAAUCCAGCACCAGUUGGGUGUCAUGAUGGGUUUACCAAUUGGUUUUACAAGAACCAACCAAACCCGAAUGUUUUGGUCGGGGCAAUAGUGGGUGGUCCGGAUAAAAAUGACAAUUAUGUGGAUCAAAGGAGUGAUUAUCAGUUAGCUGAAGCUGCCACUGCUAAUUCUGCUGCACUAGUUGGGUUGCUUGCUAGAAUUAGUUGA